AUGACGUCAGGAUUUGGCGACAUUGCGCGUGCGCACGGCGGUUUAACGCUGAUGCAAGAUACUGUCGGCGCAGCGGUGUGGGUCUGAACGAGGUUUAGAAAAAAAGAAGUAGCCCGAUUUCCGCCAGUUUUUCAGACCGCAAAAAUGUCAGGAGACGAGAUGAUUUUCGAUCCCAACAUGACCAAGAAGAAGAAGAAGAAGAAGAAGCCCUUCAUGCUGGAUGAGGAAGGAGGAGAAGGAGUGGGAGGAGAAGAGGCUAAAGAGGUGGAGGCCAAGGAGGCAGAGCCGGAGGCCGGAGACGACAGAGAGAUGGAUCUAGAUGAAGAUGAAGGAAGGAAGAAAGAACCGUCCGACGAUUUGAACGACCUGAACUUCUUUAAUCAGAAGAAAAAGAAGAAGAAACCCAAGAAAGUAUUUGACAAUGACAUCGAGGAGGGAUUAAAGGAGCUGAAAAUUGAAGGAGAGCAAACCGAGACACUGGAGGAAGACAACCUGGAUAUGAUGAAAAAGAAGAAGCCCAAGAAAGUUAACUUUGAUGAGGGAGAGGCACUGGAGAAAGAUGAUGCUCUGGAGGACGACGAAGGGAAGAACAACGACGGCAUCUCAUUCAGCUCCUCCACAGGACCAGCCUGGGCUGGGUCAGAAAGGGACUACACCUAUGAUGAGCUCCUGAACCGAGUCUUCAACAUCAUGAGGGAGAAGAACCCAGACAUGGUGGCCGGAGAGAAGAGGAAGUUUGUGAUGAAGCCUCCUCAGGUGGUCCGAGUGGGAACUAAGAAAACCUCUUUCGUCAACUUCACAGACAUCUGCAAACUGUUGCAUCGUCAGCCUAAACAUCUCCUCGCUUUUCUUUUGGCUGAGCUGGGUACCAGCGGCUCCAUAGAUGGAAAUAACCAGCUUGUGAUCAAAGGCAGAUUUCAACAGAAACAGAUAGAAAAUGUGUUGAGAAGAUAUAUCAAGGAAUACGUGACGUGUCACACCUGCCGCUCCCCAGAGACCAUCCUGCAGAAGGACACUCGUCUCUAUUUCCUGCAGUGUGAGACGUGCCACUCCCGCUGCUCCGUCGCCAGCAUCAAGACCGGCUUCCAGGCUGUGACGGGCAAGAGAGCGCAGCUCCGCGCCAAAGCCAACUAAAGGCCAUGAAAUCUGGGCUCCGCCCCUUCUCUCGGCCUUCUACUUUCCCCUCAGAAAGGCCAGAGCCGGGGUCGGACGCCCACUUGAUUUGCCCAAAGGACUCUCUGAAUCGAACUGCGGGAGGGUUUGGCUGUUGGUCGGUCACGUCGUGGUCUGACCAGGCAGGGAGUGAGAGAGUAUCUAAAGCUGACAGAUGGGGGUUCAGGCACUGUAAGCAGAUGAUGUACACCACAUACGCUGUUGGAUGCAUUUGAUUUGUUGUUGGGCUGAUGAACCCUCCAACUACUAGUUGUUGUUUUUUUUUUUUCUAUUUGCUGUGAUUCUUGAUCCUCCCAAGAAAGCCCUGAUUUAACACAGCUUGAAUCCUUCUUUAUUCCUCUCAUACUUUUACAUUGGAACAAUUUCUUCAGGUAAAGAAUACAUUUCUCCACACAGCCACUGGCCAAAUUGUAAUUAAGUUACAGUAACAGAGCUUAGUUGCUUUGACUUUUGUAGCCACCGUUGCUUUAAUUCCAGGUUGUGGUCUUGUUUCUGGUCUAGUCCUAAAUCUGUGGGAAAACGGUCCUGAAGCUGGAGUACAAACCGUGAAAUUUGUCCCUAAUCACCAGACUCCUAUCUCAGACCUGCUUUUGAUCGCUUUAUAACAAGAGACGACACAAAGUCACAUUACUUGGGCACCGUUAAGACUUUAACAUGGAGGCUGUGUGUGAGACCAAAAUAAAAGAUGAUACAGUGUGUUUAUAAGUGCUUUUGUUGCAUUGAUGAGCAAUUGUGUACUUUUAUUAUUUCAGGUUAGACACAACACAUUUUAUCAAACAUUUGGGGUUUGAUUUGAGCAAUUUGAAAAUAAUUACAGCUAAAAAAAAAAAAAUAUAUUAUUUUUGAUUUUUGAGAUCAUGCCGGUCCGCUACAAAACAAACUUCUGAGCAGGCGCCUCAGAUCGGUCUCCUCCGGGUAAUUACCUCAAAAUCUGAAUAAACCGUAAUCAAUCCAGGACAUGAUUUUCAGUCCAGUGUCACUGGACACGCAAAGUGAUAUUGUUUCUGUUCUUGUUUCUGAGGAAUGUGGAUAAGAAGGUACCGGCUGGAGUCAUUUUAAAAACCUGGUUUUUACAAAAAUAAAAUAUUCUACUCUCUCUCUCCA